AUGGGUUCCAUCGAGAGUCAAGGAGGGCCUGGCAACUGGCACUCACCAGAAAAGGUUCGUUUCCCCUUCUAUCUUAAUCAAUUUUCCGCGCGAGGAAUGGUAGUCUAAGUCAAUUAGGUUGAACCACCCACACAACCCGGAGUCCGAGCAAUUCAAUAUAAUUGCUAUUACAUCGGUGGUCCAGCGGACUCAUAUAGUGAAGGAUUCCAUUAUGGAUGGAUCAAACACGAUUUUGGAACCGAAGUCCUGAGCGAACUACGAGACUCCAUACGUCUGCAACUUCGACUAUCUCACUAUGGCCUUCGGGUCCGCUUCAUUGUCAUCUUAUACGGGGGAGAAAGUCAGGUUAGAUGUCUGAUGAAUGAUGAUUUUGAAGAUGAAGUCUUCCAUCGACUCCGUGAUGAGACAAAAACAUCGAUUUUUGUGGUUGGAGUCGAACGCGGAGAAAAGCUCCCUUCUUUAGAAAACCAGUCACUUCCAAGCUACCGUGAGUAUUAUCCUAGUCCUCGAUUUCAUGCCCCCGUUUCUUUUUCGUUUGAGGAUUAAGUCUCCAUAAAUUGUGUUGAGAUACCCAGAAUACCAACGCUGACUCUAAAAUCUUCAACAGUUACUGACUUGAUGCCUGAAGCUCCAGAAGCCCCAGAAGCUCAAUCCAGCCCUCCAACCCCUACAAGUUCAACUAUCCCAACAAGUCCCAUCCUAUCAGCAAGUCCCAUCCGUUGGAAAGAUACCAUUCAUUCAACACCUUCCGUCCGCCGACGAUCCCCCGUAUCUCCCUCGCGGUCAAAAGCCCAUCUCGCUUCCACCCCUCCAAUAAAUCUAGCAACUCCUGAAAACAUAGAGAGUCUGAUCGCCUUACAAAAUCUCUACAAAUAUGGAUCUAGAACCGCACCGUCAAUCAACCAAACUGAAACUGAAACUUCAACACCUUCUCCAAGAGACGCCCCUGGGUACAAGUAUCUCCAAUCAGUCCUCAAGACAGCAGAAGACAGUAUUUCCGAUGAUCAAGACGCGAUGAGUUCAACACCUGGCUUGGAAGAACUGAGUGAUCUCCACGAAACUUCAAAUGGUCAACCAUCAAGCGGUAACCCUGUCACUAACUCAUGA